UUGCAGCCUCAGCACGAGCUCAGCUGUGCUGAGUGGAACACCCUUGACCAUUCAGGACCGCGGACAGCGAUCUUCGUUUCCAAGAGGGAGCUGUCCCUGCGUGCCGCUGUGGGCGUUGUAGGAGAAAAUCUAAUUCAGGGCAUGCAAGACCUAUCCUUUCAGCACCACUACCACCAGACCCAGUAUUAUUGUUAUUAGUAUUAUUAUUUUCGUCACCCAAGCGCUGCAUUUUAACCAGCAAACUGCGUGCGUGCGUGUGCGUGUGUGUGUGUGGUGUGUGUGUGUGUUUAAGAGCCGUGGAACAGGAGAAGCUGACAUUUUAGCGGCAGCAAAACUGUGAAGAACUCAGACGGAUUUUUUUUUUUUUUUUAUUUCAUUUUCUUGAGGGUUGUAAAACAUUAAAAAAGGACAGAAAGGAAUAAUGCAUCGACUCAAACACAAAUUCAAUUUGAUUUUGUUUUUCUGAAUAACAGAAGAAUACAUAAAAGUGGACGUUUUUCACAUGGGAACGUGUCAGCCUGCAGGAGGCGUUUGAGUCAGUAGAAUUGGUUCAUUCAUCACGACUUGUGCCUGUAAGUAACAGCCCUGUCUUCAUUUUAUGGACUGUUCUUCUAUCUUGAGUAAAAGAAAGGCGCUUUUAUCCUGGCUGUUUUUUAUUAUUAUUAUUUAUUAUUUAUUUUUCUCCCCGAUAUGGUGCAUAGCUGAACUUUGUGAUCUUGGUCUGCCUAUUUUUAUGUGUUAUCAAUGAAAAAAUAUACAGCCCUUUUCCAUGAUCCUAAAGACGGGGGCGUGGAUGAACUGGAAACUCAGUUAAUUGUCCCCCUGUAUCUGCCACAAUGAAGAAUUAUAAGGAUGUGUGACAGAGGAGUCCAAAUGCUGAUCACCACAGUUGGGGCUUUUGCAGCUUUUAGCCUGAUGACUAUAGCUGUCGGGACGGACUACUGGCUGUACUCCAGAGGCGUAUGCAGGACUAAGUCUACAAAUGAUAACGAGACUAGCAGAAAGAAUGAAGAAGUGAUGACCCACUCCGGAUUAUGGAGAACCUGCUGUCUUGAAGGAUCCUUUAAAGGAGUCUGCAAGAAAAUUGACCAUUUUCUAGAAGAUGCAGACUAUGAACAGGACGCUGCGGAGUAUCUGCUGCGAGCUGUGCGUGCCUCCAGUAUCUUCCCAAUCCUCAGUGUAGGGCUGUUGUUUUUGGGGGGCCUUUGUGUUGCUGCUAGUGAAUUCUACAAGAGUCGGCACAACGUCAUACUCAGUGCUGGCAUAUUUUUUGUAUCUGCAGGCUUAAGUAAUAUAAUAGGAAUUAUAGUAUACAUAUCUGCAAAUGCUGGAGAUCCUGGGAAGAGUGACUCAAAGAAGAGCUACUCCUACGGCUGGUCGUUUUACUUCGGGGCCCUCUCGUUCAUCAUCGCAGAGAUGGUAGGGGUCAUAGCCGUGCACAUGUACAUUGAGAAACACCGGCAGAUGCGGGCCAAGUCCCGCCCUGAGAUCUUCAAGAAGUCGGCCUUCAGUCGGAUCCCCAGCUACCGGUACCGCUUCCGUCGGAGGUCAAGCUCACGAUCCACCGAGCCACGGUCCCGGGACGCCUCCCCAGUCAGCAAAGUCUUCACCACACCCCUCUCCACGGAUAUAUCCUUGUACACCCUGUCCCGGGACUCCUCCAAGGCCACGAUGGGGACUCUCCUAAACUCAGAGAGAGACUUCUUACAAGUGCACAACUCCAUCCCUAAGGAUUUCAAAGAAUCAGCCAACAGGAGAACCACACCAGUGUAAAACAGGACAAGAGUAAAGACAACAUCAGGACACAGAGUCACAGAGGACACAUGGUUGGCUUGCCUGCCGUCAUGCAAUUUGCCGGUUGGGAACUUCUUGAUAAAAACAUUAUAAAUGGUUAGGUGCUUCCUUUUGCUUCUCUUUUUUUCCUCCACCAUACACAUACAGAAUUCUCCUGAGGUUUAUUGGGAGGUAAUGCGAUGGUUGCCUGGGUGUCAGCACAUGAAAUGCGCAACAAGCAACUUUGUUUUAGUUAUGUUUAACAGGCUUAGCAUGUGGGUAGCUUUUGUCUACUUCUUUCUUUUACUCUUUACACCUCUAACAUACCCUGUUGUUGGUAAAUACGUAAUAUUUACUGUGAGGUGACUGUUCACCUGUGAUUCACAAUAGAGAUGAUAACGUACAUGUGCUGGAAAUGAUUCUCUGCUAUCAUUUUAGUAAAUAUGGUUACUGUUUUUUUGUUUUUCUUUUUUUAUAUAAUACAUUUUUUAUUUAUAUUUGCAGAUCUUUCAGGCACAUCACAUACAACAAUUAUGAAACCAAUGAAUUUCAUAAAUUCCUUAAGCCAGCAGUGUUUUAAUUUAAUUUCACAAU